UGGACAUAAAGCGGAUGAGACGAUUAGCAAGAUCUCUGAGGAAAAUAUUUCUAACAACUGUUGCGUAGAGACAAAUGAGGGAGAAAAAUAUGAUAGAAAACAGAUUAAAGAAAAGACGAGCAGAACAAAUGUACAUACUGAUGAGGGAGUGAUGAGCAAAGCAUCAUGGGAAAGAGAAGAGGCUGGAGAGGAGAAUGCUAAGACAUUUCAAGAGAGCUUAAAAGUCCAGGAGGUCAUAGAUGGAGAGGAAGGUCCUACAGGAAGAAAGUUAGAGGAUCAGAAGGCCAGAGACAGUGAGGAGAUACAAAACAGUGAUGGAUAUGUGAAAAUGAGAGAGAUUGGUAAAAGAAAGGAAGUGGAGGUAGAGGUUACAAAAAUCUGUACCUCCUGUGAUGAAAUGUCCAUCAUGGUUCUGGAGAACCAAGGCAAUGCUAGGCCUAUGACAGACUCCCAGACUCCAUUGAAGGGCAAAGGAAAGCAACAACAUAGCCUUCCAUACAAGAGAACAGAAGGACUUCAAGAGGAGAUCAAUUCAAAGGGUGAAAUGCUUCAGGGUGGAAGACAAGUAAACUUCCCUUUGUGUCAGGCACAGAAACACAGAAGUCCGGGUGUGUUGGGUGAUGUUGCAGGCUCCUGGAGAAAGGAGAAAAGAGUCCACAAGGAGAAAGACAGAGAGGAGAAGGACAGAGUGGGCCAGACAUGGCGAGACCAGGGGGGAAAUGACAGGGAGCAAUGGAAUGGAGAGACAGAGAGGGGUGGAGUUGGUAGGAGUAGAAGAGCUAGACAGAGAGGAAACCAGUUGCUGCUUUUUUCUAGGCAAAAGCACAGCAACUGGAAUGACUCUCAUCCAUCAGAGAGCAGCUGUGACUGGAGGAGCAGGGAGAAAGAGGUGCCUGAGAAACAUGUUGAGAGUAGGAUGGAUAAGGCAGAGAGGUGAGAGGCCUCUGAAGAGGGAAAAGAGCUAAAGGAAAGAAAUACAUUGAUGUGUGUUAAAUAAAUAUUAUUUCAGAUAUCAGAAAUUGGAUUAUAGAAGUUA